AUGUGCGAGCCAGCCAUCACGCAGAGAUCGUCAGCAAAGCAGAAGGAGAAGUUUGCGCAGGAACUUGCGCGAGCCCAGCUACCUGAGCACUCCAUCUGGUUCCGCGGCUCACGCUGCUGCCGACUGUACUCAGCUGUUCGCUUUACUGUUUUGCCGAUUCGGAAAACUACCUGGCCGCUGCCGCAAGUGGCAGCAUUCGUGCAGGAGUAUGCCGAAAUGCCAGUUCCCUCACUGCAGGCUUUGUGCCGACAAGUGGGAGUCAGCAGGUGCACCACAAGCAAGACGCUCUUCAAGUGGCUUCUGGGGCAGGAAGCUGCGCUGGGGUAUGCGCGCAUGCAAAGGUGCAAGCUUCGAGGCGCUCUUGAAGGCGACGGCACCUGCUUGAAGUUGUUCAGGCGGGCCCAGGCAAACUUCCACGUGGCUCUGUGGGGUUUGGUGGAAAGGCCUGGAAGUGCCCAAAAUCCGAAGUGCCUCAUCUACUUGCUGCCAGUGAAGAAAACUGCAGCAAACAGCGUUUGUCCUGUUGAAUCUCGUGCAGAUAUCCUGUCCACAGGGGGCCUAGAGCAGAUCGAACGGUGCCUUCGCAGUGGCCGCGAUACCAAGAGCCUCCUUCUCACGGACGGGGCGCAGGUCUACGGAAGACUGGCCAAGGAAUACGGCCUGUCUCAUCGGUUUGUGGUGCACAGCAAAGGGCAGUUCUCGGAGAUGCAGAGUGCUGGCAGACACGGCCGUGUGAGAGUGAACACUGGUCUCAUCGACCAAACGUGGACGGACGUGAAGGGCUUCGUACCGAAGUGCCUCACCGCAGGCACCAAGAAUAGUGAUGAGCCGAGCUACAACCCGCAUUUGUUCCAGUACCUCUACGCAUGGUGGCUGCGCAAAAACACACCAGAGGCGAAGGAACGCCUUGCGAUGAUUGGCAGAGCUUUGCGUGGGGCAGCAUGA